AUGGGUAACUACUCACUACACAUGAAUCUCGAUCGAGUUGAAGCUUGGCCGGUCGAGUUGAGGAACUCGACCGGUUGGUCGAGUAGACGGUCGAGCUGGUCUUCAAGAUGGCUUCUCCCUUCUUCCUUUGCGUAUCCAGUUGAGCUGCGUCCAUGUGCCAAGUCCCUCCAUGCUCCUCAUCCCAUAUGCUCCAGAAUGCUCCAAAAGACCUAUUUCAAAGGACCAAACAUGCAUAUCGACAAAGCUUCAAGAUGGUUGAAGUCUCUGCCAGCUCACUCCAUUACCACUUGGGAUGAGUACAAAGCCGCUUUCAUCAACCACUUCUACACCAAGCAGAGAUCGAUUUCUGUAAGGAACAAGAUCUCCAACUUUCGCCAAGCCAACAAUGAAUCUUUCUAUGAAGCGCUAGACCGAUUCAAGGAGUACAUUAGGGACUGCCCUAAUCAUGGUUUCAAUGAAGGAAACCUAUGGAACAUCUUCUAUCGUGGCAUAGACCACAAGUACAAGCUUUCAUUGGACACUGCAAGCAAUGGAAACUUCAUGACCAAGACUGUUGAUGAAGCUAAGGUUCUUAUUGAGAAUCUUGCAGCUAGUGAUUGUAACAAUUGUCCUGAUUAUGACCGCUCAAGCCGCACCACUACUAGCUCCCCUGAUUCUUUUCAAAUGACUGAACUCAAGAACAUGAUGGCUGAUGAUAGGAUUUGUGUGUGGGUGUGA